AUGGACAGCGGCACAGAGCUGCUCCACCUCUACACAGAAGCUUUCGACGUAGUGAAGGCGGAGGUUCAGAAGCUGGCUUCCUCGGUGCUGACGGAGGUUCCUCCGGUGAGCCCUCUGGAGCUCUGCUACAAAGGGACCGUGGACAAGGACGCUACAGGGUUUCCGGCGUUGGGACUUCACUUCGUCGGCGAAGCGGAGUUGAUCACCGAUAAGUUUGGGAUGUUCGUGCAGAUGGACGUCGACACUUUCUGCCUGGCCGCUCUCCGGUCGGAGAGCCUCAGCAUCGUCGGGAUCAUGGUGCAGCAGGGUUACAACGUUGGGUUCGACUUGAGGGCGAUGAAAGUACCGUCGCUAAAUCUUCUUCUAACAUUCGUCCUUUUCUUCAUCAUCUUCUCCUCUUCCAUAACACUCAUCACAUCUUCCAAUGACCGCCCGACGAUCACGACUCGACUCAUCCACCGCGACUCGGUAUUCUCUCCCCUAUACAACGCAUCCGAAACGGUGUCGUCUCUCGCCCGAAGAGCCACGGAAUCUUCCCUCGCCCGCCACGAGUUCCUGUCGUCGUCGUCAUCCGACGACAGGCUGCAGCCGGAGGGCGUCCAGGCCGGCCUGGUUCUGGCCACCCACCACAACGUGUUCUACGUCGAAUUCUCCAUCGGCGAGCCGCCGGUGCGGCAGUUCGCGCUCAUGGACACCGGCAGCAGCCUGACGUGGGUGAAGUGCCUCCCCUGCCGUCCUUGCCUGCCCAACUCCGGCGUGACUUUCUUCGAUCCGACCAAGUCCAAGACUUACUCCCCACGGCCGUGCGUUCUCGCGACGGAGCAGCUGACCUUCAUGUCUCCGGCCGGCCACGGAGCCACCGUCGCCCUUCCCAACGUCCAGUUCGGCUGCUGCAGUACGCUGACCGGCACCGAGCACCAGGACCAGAACUUCAACGGAUUGCUGGCUCUGGGAGCCGGGCCGUACUCUCUGGUCGACGGGCUCGGCUCCAAAUUCUCGUACUGCGUCGGCAGCGUGUCGGAUCGCUCUUACGCCUACAACCGGUUGUCAAUCGGCGCUAAUGCCUACCUCACCGGCGACGCCACUGCGGUACUGAACAUAAAGCAAGAAGCUAUCACCACAAUGUCGUACAAGCAAGGAGUGGUUCUCGACACCGGAGCAGAGCUCUCAUUCAUCUACACAGAAGUCUUCGACGUGCUAAAACAAGAGGUCGUGAAGCUGGCCAACCCGAUCUUGCAACAGGUUCCGGCGCCGUCACCGUACGAGCUCUGCUACAGAGGAGCCGUGGACAGAGAAGCCAGAGGGUUCCCGGCGAUGGCGCUGCAGUUCGCCCGAGGGGCGGAGGUGACGGUGGAUAACUUCGGGUUGUUCAAGCAGGUCACCGGCGACGUGUUCUGCUUCGCCGUUCUCCGGACGGGGACGAUCAGCAUUGUCGGGAUGAUGGCUCAGCAAGGUUACAAUGUUGGGUAUGACUUGAGAGCGAGGGAGGUUUACUUGCAGAGCAUGGAUUGCCAGAUUUUGCCUGAUAGUUAG